GAAGAGGAUCAACACUGAAGUACCAGCAACAGCAGCAACAAACAUGUGUGUGAAGGGCAUGUCUACAGUCUUGGCUGUGAUAUUCUGUGCUAUGAUUGUUCAAGGUUUCCCCAUGUUCAAAGGAGGGCGUUGUCUUUGCAUAGGCCCUGGAGUAAAAGCAGUGAAAGUGGCAGAUAUUGAGAAAGUCUCCAUAAUUUACCCAAGUAACAACUGUGACAAAAUAGAAUUGAUUAUUACCCUGAAAGCACAUAAAGGACAAAGAUGCCUAAAUCCCAAAUCGAAGCAAGCAAACGCUAUAAUCAAGAAAGCUGAAAGAAGGAAUUUCUUAAAAUAUCAAAUUGUAUGAAGUCCGGGAAAAGAGAAUCUGAAAAUCUAGAACAAGUUUAACUGUGACUACUGAAAUAAGAGCUCUGCAAAUGGAAACUGACUUUCUCCGGCCUGUUGCAAUGUACAUUUAUGCCAUUCUAGGUUAGGGAACCUUCUAGGACAUUUGAUGCUUAUAAUUAUUCUGCUGUGAUUAUAAAACAUUUCUGUCUUUAGAAGUUAUCUGUCUGUACUUGAUCUAUAUUCCAUAUUACAAUCUGCAGUUACAACGGAGACAUUGACAUUAUUACUGGAUUCAAGACCUUGUGAGUCAAAAGCAUCCAUGUGUGUAAUAAACAUUCCUCAAAUAAUUUUUAAUGUAAAUACACAUUUCUUUUCCCAAAAAUCACAUAGCCCAUACAUACCUAGGAAAAAAAUUCUUCCUUUUUUUUUAUAAAAAGGCUGUCAUUCAUGAAAUGUUCUAUGAAAAAAAUCAUAAGUUAAGGGAAACUGGUAAGAGUGUAAAUAUUUCAUAAGUGAAUUAGUAGCUCUGGUCUUAAUUUGAUUUUUUAAACAACUUUUUUUUUCUUUGAGAUGUUUUGAAGCAAUUAGGAUAUGUAUGUUUAUUGUGCACUAUGG